CCCUCAUUCUCGGCGUUCUCCUUCUCCCUCACUCUCUUCUACUAACUAAAAUGCAGUGACUUCAAUUUUCUCCUUUUUCAGUCGUCGUCUCCUUUACCGUCGCCCCGAUUGUUCAAGCCUCUGUGGUGGUCAGUCCAUGUGUGGCGUGCAAGAUUCUGCAUCGGAGGUGCGUAAAGAAAUGCAUAUUGGCCCCCUAUUUUCCUUCCUCUAAGCCUCUCAAGUUCACCAUUGCUCACCGCAUCUUCCACACUAGCAACAUCAUCAAAUUGCUUCUAAAAACAUCUCUUGAAGAAACUCGGGUAGGAUUAGAACUGGAGCUGCCAAAAGAAGAAUGGGUUCCAAUUAAUCAUCUUCUGCCAACAUUCUACAAACGGCAUGUAAGAAGAAGAUGAUGGAAGAAGGUUUUAACAGAGAAGGGGAGACAACAAAAACAAAAGGGAUAACGUGGCGUAAUGAAGGCCCUGUUUCCUCAUCCUUCUCAUCCGUUUCCAUUUCCAUGGCGGACCUUCCCAUCUUCUUCCUUCCGCUUCACUUCUACACUCCUCCACUACCGUCCUCCCGACCCCAAUGCUGAAACCUUCGCCUCCCACAAUUUCAGACGCAGAGAUCAAUACUCUGAACCCGACUUCGAAGACGAUGAACAGCCGGGCUUCGAUCCCGGUAUUCGCUUCCGUAAGAACCGUCGACGUUGGUGGUCCGAUGACCCGGCCCCGGAGUUCGAAGACCAACCUUCUGGAAUCUUGGAUGAAGUCAUCGAUAGUGUCUGGAUUUUCAAGGUAUUCAAAUCCUACGGCUGGACACUUCCACCCAUAAUCAUCUCACUGCUGUUAAACUCAGGACCAAAAGCUUUUCUAAUGGCGUUAGCCCUUCCACUAGGCCAAUCAAUCAUAGCUCUGGCACUAGAGAAGCUGUGGGGAACACCAGAAAGGAAGCCGAAACGCAGAACUAGAAGCAAGACCAGGAAGAGGCCAUUUUACAGUACUAGGACUAGUCGGGUUCAAGAGGAAGAAGAUGACGAAGAAGAAGUAGCUAGAGGAAAUGAGGAAGGUAAUGGAAAGAUGGGCUAUGGAUAUCAGUCAUGGGAACUUGGUAGCAAUGGUGGUGAAGUUAGAAAUGAGGGCAGAAACGGGAACAGUUUUGGUGGAUGGGAGGAUCUUGAUGGAGUUGGAACUGAGAGAAAGCCAAAACCUGGGGUUAGAGCCAAAAAACAAAGCAGUACAACAAUGGAGAAGGGCAAGUUAAAUUGGAGAGAAAAGAAAAGUGAUACUCCCUUGUUGUUGAGAUUGUUAAUUGCUGUUUUUCCAUUUUUGGGUUCAUGGACUAAGAUGCUUUAGAUGAAUGCUCUUGUCUUCUAUACUAAUCAAACUUUUACUCACUAUUUUAGCUGUGUAAAAAACCUCAACAAAUUGGUCAUAUUGUUGAUGAUAGAAUAAGAAGUUCAAUACUAUUCUUAUGUA